UCACGGCUGGAGGUGAUUCGCGGAGCUUUCAGACCGUCAAACUGCUGUCUCUCACACGAAACAUGGUCCAUUUUAACAAAUGGACGUUAGAGAGGAGCGCGUCUCUCACCGGCAGGACAACCACAGUGGAUUUAUCGCGAUGACGGUUCCGGUGGAUUGGUUUAGUAUUAUGAAAUAGAAGGCUUUGAUCAGACCAUGGCUUACUUUAAACGCGUAUAUUUUAAUUGAUCAUCAGCUGUGACAGUAGGGCAAAGGGCUUCCGCUUGUUUGUUGGGAAACGUUGAUUCAAGAGCACGCCAAAUCAAGAUGACAGUGGAAAAUGCAACUAUCAAAAGUCGGCUUAAAAAUCUGCUCCGGUCGCCUUCCAUCAAAUUGAGAAGAAGUAAAGCUGGGAUCAACAAAGAGAAUCUCAGUAAUAAGGUGACGUUGGAAAAAGUUCUGGGAAUCACUUCCGCUGGGAGUCGUGCUUUGGCAUGUGAUCCACACUCAGGACUGGUUGCCUACCCAGCCGGGUGUGUGGUGGUGCUACUGAACCCUAAGAAAAACAAACAACAUCAUAUCCUCAAUAGCUCCAGGAAGACCAUCACUACACUCUCCUUCUCUCCUGAUGGCAAAUAUGUGGUCACAGGCGAGAGCGGUCAUAUGCCGGCAGUGCGUGUCUGGGAUGUGGCGGAGAGGACACAGGUGGCAGAGUUGCAGGAACAUAAAUAUGGCGUGGCGUGUGUGGCUUUCUCCCCCAAUAGUAAAUAUAUCGUCAGCGUGGGUUACCAGCACGACAUGAUCGUCAACGUCUGGGCCUGGAAGAAAAAUGUUGUGGUUGCUUCCAACAAGGUGUCCAGUAAAGUGAUGGCUGUGUCUUUCUCAGAUGACAGCUCGUACUUUGUUACAGCCGGGAACAGACAUGUAAAGUUCUGGUACCUUGACCACACCAAGUCGUCCAAGGUGAACGCCACAGUACCGUUAUCGGGCCGCUCUGGUCUUCUUGGAGAGCUGCGGAAUAAUUUCUUCAGCGACGUGGCCUGUGGAAAGGGCCGGAAGGCGAGCAGUACCUUCUGCAUCACUACGUCUGGGCUGCUCUGUGAGUUCAACGACAAAAGAAUGCUGGACAAGUGGGUGGAGCUCAGGAAAAAUGACAGUUUCGCAACUAGUAUGGCCACGUCUCUGUCCGUCUGUGAGGAUCUGAUCUACUGUGGUUGUGCUGAUGGCACUGUGAGAGCGUUCAGCCCCACUGACCUGCACUUUAUCUGUACGCUGCCUCACCCUCACAGCCUGGGCACAGACAUCUCCACUGUUACUGAGGCCAGCCACCUCUUCGCCUACAAGGAAAACGUCCGCUAUCCUGACGCCGUGGCCGUAUCCUAUGACCCCACGAACCGCUGGCUGUCCUGUGUGUACAACGAUCACAGUCUGUACGUGUGGGAUGUACGUGAUCUUCGUAAAGUGGGCAAGGUUUACUCGGCCCUCUACCAUUCGGCAUGCGUAUGGAGCGUGGAGGUGUACCCAGAGACGAAGGAUGGAGAGCAGCCGCGUUUGUGUCCCGGAUCGUUCCUCAGCUGUUCCUCUGACAAUACUAUCCGUUUAUGGAACACCGAUGCGCAGAACACCACCCUCAGCCGAAACGUCAUCAGCAAUGACCUCCAGAAGGUCAUUUAUAUGGACAACAACACCUCCACCCUGCUGGACACGGACUGCAUCACCUCCAGUAACUCUGAGAAGGUCGACCCUCAGACCUCAGAGAACCGGACGGGCAUUAGGACCAUGUGUGUGAGCCCAGACGGCCUGCACCUGGCAUCAGGGGACCGCAAUGGAACGCUGAGAAUCCACGAUUUGGAGAGCAUGGAGGAAAUUCUGGAUGUUCAGGCCCAUGACUCUGAGAUCCUGUGUCUGGAGUACUCCAAACCCGAGACCGGGCUGAAACUGUUGGCCACCGCCAGCAGAGACAGACUGAUCCACGUUCUGGAUGCGGAUCGGGAAUAUGGCCUCCUGCAAACACUGGAUGAACACUCUUCCUCUAUCACUGCUGUCCGAUUCGCUGCUAAUGAAGGGAAAGUCAGAAUGAUCAGUUGUGGUGCAGAUAAGAGCAUCUACUUCCGCACGGCACAGAAGACAGAGGAGGGAACGGAGUUCACGCGUACUCAUCACAUAGUGAGGAAGACUACUCUGUAUGACAUGGACAUCGACCCCACAAGGAAGUAUACUGUUGUUGGCUGUCAGGAUCGCAGCAUCAGGAUCUUUAACAUCUGCAAUGGCAAACAGAAGAAGGUCUACAAGGGAUCGCAGGGGGAGGAUGGGACCCUUAUCAAGGUUCAGAUGGAUCCCUCUGGUCUCUAUGUGGCCACAAGCUGCUCAGACAAAAACAUCUGCAUCUUUGACUUCUACACUGGAGAAUGUGUGGCCACCAUGUUUGGCCACUCUGAGAUUGUCACAGGAAUGAAGUUUACUAAUGACUGUAAGCAUCUGAUAUCUGUGUCAGGAGACAGCUGCAUCUUUGUGUGGCGGCUCUGUCCUGAGUUAACCAUCAAAAUGAGACAACGGCUCUCGGACCUGAAACAGAACAGCAGACCUGAUCAGAAGACCCCACCAAAUAAACAGCACACACUUGGCACAAGGAAAGAAAUCCACAGCGCCCCAGUCAUUGGCACCAUGUCAUCUGACAGCGACAAAGACAUAGAGGAAGAGGAGGGCAUUGAGGAUGAAGAUGAGAUGUUUCCUCGCCUGUCAUCUGGCGAAGAGACGGGAUCAUCCGAAGAAAGCCGCAAUACUCACAAUUCCCACAUGAAGAAGCAAUCCAGCAGUUGUGAAGUUGAGGGUUCAGGUCCACGGCCAAGGCGGCGCUGGUCCAGGCGAAUGGGCAGUAUGGAUCUGAAGGUGAAGUCCAUGCUGGACCUGAGGCAGCUAGAGUCGUUUUCCUUCCCUCUCUUCCCCAGCAAAACUCAUGAUGUUCAUAAAGAUCAUCCACCGCCGAGGAACCAGGAACUGGGCAGCACCAUCAGUCUUCAGACCAUAGCUGCAUGGGUACCUGAAGAGAAUGGACCAGGAGAUAAAACACGUCCUCAUUACAUCCAGCUGUCUGCUCAAACUCCAGAGACAGAGGUCCUGUAUCCUGAGGGAUGUGAAGAUCAAAUCAGUCUUGCAGGCAGUGAGUAUCAGGUGAAAAAGUUGCCCCAUGGAGCGAGAUGUGCUAAAGUGAACUCUUGUUCUGAGAAGCAGAGUCCAGACAGUGCCUGCUCUAUGGAUUAUUCCAGCAGUCUUCUCUCUAGCCCUGAGCACCCUGGAGAAGACUCUGAACCGACUGAGCCACUGAGUGUAGAUGGAAACUCAUCAGAACUGGAUAUGGAAGAUCUUGAUGAGGAAGAGGAGGAUAGCUUGAGGAAGAAUGAGGUUCAGACUCCUGUACCUCAGACCCCAGACCAGGAGGCCUUUCUAAAGAAGCAUUUUGCAAACCUGUCGGACCUCAACAAACCUGAAAGUCCAACCAGAGUAACUCCAAAUAUCUCUGACAGCAUGUCAUCGAAGUUCCUUUCUCAGAACUCCACUAACAGAACUGCAUUCUCAUUCCCCACAAACAAAAGCACUGACAGUAAAACCACCAGUGGAGUGGUGCGGCCCCUUAUCUCAGAGGUACGGCCCCUCAUGGAGAAUAAGAGUCCAAGCAAACAGCAGGAACCCCAGGGCUCUGAGAGGACAACAGGUCAGCGUUUAAUCCAAAAGAAACGCACACCUGUCAUGGACUCCCGCAGAAUGAUCAGCCCCGUUGCUAAAGCUGCCGCUAGUUACAACAGUUCUGCGGGCAUGAGGAAAGCUCAAUCUAUCCACAACAUCUCCUCAGAUGCUGAUAUUGUCCAGAUAUCCAGUCGUCCUUCUAAGGAAGUCCACCCACAGCCCCAGACCUCUGAAAGACCACGGCGUUCCCUUCCCACCGUCCCACUCACCAGCCCCACCACUACCCUGCCCAGGGACAUCACUACGCCUACGAAGUCCAAAUCCCGUUCCUAUAUGAGUCCUACUACUAGCUCUAUGGCCAAGAUUUCCCGCUCUGUUUCAGUGGGCGAUAACUUGAAUGAGGUGGAACUAGGAGAAGACACAGGAUCUUCAGAACCACGCAGGAGCUCAGGUUCUGACGUUUCAAACCCUCGGAGCUCCUCCCAGAGCAAGCCCACCUCUCCUGUUAACCAUGUGUCUUCCUUUAAUACUUUGGCAUCCCCUUUUCCAGGCCCCUACACGCCCCAUGCAGCAGUCGUACCCACACUGAGCGCUGGCCCAAGUGGAAACUCUUCCUUUAAAGGUCUCCAGGUCAAACUGACCGGCAGUGCUCGACCCCUGCUCCAUAUAGACAUUCCCAAUCCUCUUCCUGAUAAACUCUCAUUGUCUUCCCUCUCACCGGGCAGCAAGAACCCCAGUCUUGAACGAAAGGAAAAGGAUUCCUCGAGUAGGACCCCAACAACUCCUCCUUCACUUCCUGAAGCAGUUCACUUGCCCAACAGCAUCUUACAGCCGGUCACAGCUGUUGGUUUGAGCCCAUCUGAAACCCCAGACCAGAUUGAGCUCAGUAUGGUACUUAUUCCCAGCCAGCCCACGAACUUAACGGAAGGUGAACUUCCCUCGCACACAGAGCCAAAAGAAGAGGAUAUCCCUGAGGUUGAGGGCUCUUCCACGAGUCAGUGCAGCACAAGUCUUCUACAGUCUUCCUUAGGAGCUCAAGACUCAGACACAUCUCUCAGCGUGGAUUCUUGCAGGCUGGUUGCCAAUGAAUUGCAGAGCAGUUUUAAAAGAGCCUCCUACCUCUACAAAAUGCUAAGCAACUCCACCAACUCCACUGAGGAGCAGCAGGAAAUGACACGCGUGCUGGCCGAAGCAUUUCAGGCAAUGAGAGAUGAGCUGAAUUGCCUGCCACCAUGCACUCCUUCGAGAUCACCUAGCACUUUCACGGUGCCCAUGCUGAUAGCUGCAUGGGUACCUGAAGAGAAUGGACCAGGAGAUAAAACACGUCCUCAUUACAUCCAGCUGUCUGCUCAAACUCCAGAGACAGAGGUCCUGUAUCCUGAGGGAUGUGAAGAUCAAAUCAGUCUUGCAGGCAGUGAGUAUCAGGUGAAAAAGUUGCCCCAUGGAGCGAGAUGUGCUAAAGUGAACUCUUGUUCUGAGAAGCAGAGUCCAGACAGUGCCUGCUCUAUGGAUUAUUCCAGCAGUCUUCUCUCUAGCCCUGAGCACCCUGGAGAAGACUCUGAACCGACUGAGCCACUGAGUGUAGAUGGAAACUCAUCAGAACUGGAUAUGGAAGAUCUUGAUGAGGAAGAGGAGGAUAGCUUGAGGAAGAAUGAGGUUCAGACUCCUGUACCUCAGACCCCAGACCAGGAGGCCUUUCUAAAGAAGCAUUUUGCAAACCUGUCGGACCUCAACAAACCUGAAAGUCCAACCAGAGUAACUCCAAAUAUCUCUGACAGCAUGUCAUCGAAGUUCCUUUCUCAGAACUCCACUAACAGAACUGCAUUCUCAUUCCCCACAAACAAAAGCACUGACAGUAAAACCACCAGUGGAGUGGUGCGGCCCCUUAUCUCAGAGGUACGGCCCCUCAUGGAGAAUAAGAGUCCAAGCAAACAGCAGGAACCCCAGGGCUCUGAGAGGACAACAGGUCAGCGUUUAAUCCAAAAGAAACGCACACCUGUCAUGGACUCCCGCAGAAUGAUCAGCCCCGUUGCUAAAGCUGCCGCUAGUUACAACAGUUCUGCGGGCAUGAGGAAAGCUCAAUCUAUCCACAACAUCUCCUCAGAUGCUGAUAUUGUCCAGAUAUCCAGUCGUCCUUCUAAGGAAGUCCACCCACAGCCCCAGACCUCUGAAAGACCACGGCGUUCCCUUCCCACCGUCCCACUCACCAGCCCCACCACUACCCUGCCCAGGGACAUCACUACGCCUACGAAGUCCAAAUCCCGUUCCUAUAUGAGUCCUACUACUAGCUCUAUGGCCAAGAUUUCCCGCUCUGUUUCAGUGGGCGAUAACUUGAAUGAGGUGGAACUAGGAGAAGACACAGGAUCUUCAGAACCACGCAGGAGCUCAGGUUCUGACGUUUCAAACCCUCGGAGCUCCUCCCAGAGCAAGCCCACCUCUCCUGUUAACCAUGUGUCUUCCUUUAAUACUUUGGCAUCCCCUUUUCCAGGCCCCUACACGCCCCAUGCAGCAGUCGUACCCACACUGAGCGCUGGCCCAAGUGGAAACUCUUCCUUUAAAGGUCUCCAGGUCAAACUGACCGGCAGUGCUCGACCCCUGCUCCAUAUAGACAUUCCCAAUCCUCUUCCUGAUAAACUCUCAUUGUCUUCCCUCUCACCGGGCAGCAAGAACCCCAGUCUUGAACGAAAGGAAAAGGAUUCCUCGAGUAGGACCCCAACAACUCCUCCUUCACUUCCUGAAGCAGUUCACUUGCCCAACAGCAUCUUACAGCCGGUCACAGCUGUUGGUUUGAGCCCAUCUGAAACCCCAGACCAGAUUGAGCUCAGUAUGGUACUUAUUCCCAGCCAGCCCACGAACUUAACGGAAGGUGAACUUCCCUCGCACACAGAGCCAAAAGAAGAGGAUAUCCCUGAGGUUGAGGGCUCUUCCACGAGUCAGUGCAGCACAAGUCUUCUACAGUCUUCCUUAGGAGCUCAAGACUCAGGUUUGCUGGGAAAUCAGUCAUCCCUCAUUCCAUCUUCCAUUCUGCUACGACUUGGGCUGUCUAAACACUUGUUUACAAAAGGGCUUUGGCCUCGCUCAUCCUCCACCUCCUCCAUCACUUCUUUCAUCUCCUCUUCACCCUCUCCAUCCAUUAAUCAGUACCACCUGCAGGACACAUCUCUCAGCGUGGAUUCUUGCAGACUGGUUGCCAAUGAAUUGCAGAGCAGUUUUAAAAGAGCCUCCUACCUCUACAAAAUGCUAAGCAACUCCACCAACUCCACUGAGGAGCAGCAGGAAAUGACACGCGUGCUGGCCGAAGCAUUUCAGGCAAUGAGAGAUGAGCUGAAUUGCCUGCCACCAUGCACUCCUUCGAGAUCACCUAGCACUUUCACGGUGCCCAUGCUGGCUAACAGUAAUGCAACAUUGGGUGACGACAGGACACUAGCGCUUCUAGAGCAGUACUCCAAAUUGCUGCUCAGUGCUGUAGAGAAGAGGAUGGACAACAACAUCUGACUAUGUGUGCUGUGGCUGCAACAGGAUACCAAGCCAUGAAGACUGCCCUGCACAGCAGACUGUUUUAGAUAGCGAGGAGCUUUUAAUAAAGAGAUUGAGAAGAAAUGCCACUAUCCUACCUCCCUAUUUAGCAUGCUACUAUGGCAGCAACACACCCCUGAUUUCUCUCACCUCUUUGUGCCCUGCUACUAAAAACGUAUCCGGAUAUUUUAGCCAUGGUAACCUUUGAAAGACCUACAUGUCAUCAAGGACAAUAAUUGAUUACUUGGUUUGUUGACUGCAUGGUACAGUAAUUUGACAAAAUGCAGUUUUAUAUGGAUACAGUUAGAGUAAAUGAACUGUUGUUGGUCAGAGGAAUCUCUGGCAAGCAUUGUGUAUUUGAUAUUUUAAAAAUAAUUCUCAAUGCAGGGACCGGUAUCCCUGGAAGUCUUAGCAAUGGAGAUUUGUCACCAUUUUACCUUUUAUUAUGGAAUGAAUUUUUAUACUGUAUUUUGUGUUUGUGUUGAUACUCUGAAGUUGAAUUGGGUCAAUGGGACAUCGUAUUUAUUCUAAUGUGAUUGAUAGGUCAAUGAGUCGCAGACUCUUCAACGUGUGUUUGUUGUACAGUGUCAAUGUUCUGAGACCCAGUUGGGUGCCAGAGGAAAAAAUUGGCUAAACCUGAAGGAUGAUUUUGUAUUAUUUGCAGGACUUUUUUUGUACUUGAAGGGUAACUUUCUCAUGGAUACGGGUGCCUUAAUCUUGACCAGCAAUUUGUUUAAAGGAAUAAAUCCGGCAUUUGUAAUUCAAGCAGGUUAUAUAUCAAAAUGAUCAGUGAUAUUUGUAAGUCGUCCAUCCCUAAUUGCAAAUGUUAACAGAAACAAAACUGCCAUAAAAGCACUGAACUGAAUUGACCAUUCUGGUGACACUGCUGGAGAUGCAAUAGCCAAGUAGAUAGAAAAAGCUUCUUGAACUUUAGUGCACAAAUUAUGAGAAAGGUUUUUUGUCCUGAAAUGAAAUGCAUUUUUACAUAUUGCUUUCUGGUGAUGACUUCUUCAAGGUAUUUUCUAAUGUCAUGUGAUGUGUUCUCAUUUCCCCAAGAGAUAAACAAAACAGUCACUCUGUAUUCCACAAUCCUUUGCUAACUAGGUUGAGGUGUUGCCUCUCUGACCUCUGCUAGAAACAAUUCUUCUUUUCCAUAAUAUUUAUAAUGUACAUUAGGGCACUUUUUUGUUAUUAAGCUUACGGUACAGUACAGUAUGAUUCGGGAUGGUAAACAAUGAUCUGGCUUGUGUUUCCACAGCCAACAGUACCCUUACUUGAUGGGAGUCUAGGUCCAACCUUUAUGUAUCGGACUACUGUGCCAAGGUUCGGUAUUUUGGUACCGUUCACAACUUCUGACAAUUUAAACGGAAAUAAUUGCGUACCGUACUGUAUCGUACCGCUCGGUGGAAACAAGCCGUAAAUUCAAAUGAAGGCAUUGUAAUGUUAAGUGUACUGUAACUUUUAUAGAUGGACCUGCACAUAUUUUAUUGUGUCCAGCUUUUCUACUGAUGCAAAUCGCACCAAAGCUAGGUGCACACUGUACGAUUCGGGGUUCUUAAUUAUUUUUGUCAAAGAGCAAAAUUGAAUGUAUGAUAAAUUAGCAUGACAUGCUCUUUGUGAAUGAAAUGUCAGAAUGUGACACGAUUAAUAAUGUAAGCACCCAGCCAAUGCCAUUAGUCGUGACCAAAGACGCAUAUCAUACAGGUGAUGUCACAGUCACCAUUGCCUUUUAUAAACCUUUUACAGUCUGACAAAAUUUAAAAAAGAGAAAAUUUGCACAGUGUACACCCAGCUUAAGUCAACAACACUGCAACUAGUUUAGUACAGCUACAACUUUCCUGGUGUCUGAGAUGCAUAAAUUCUAUUUAUUGAUUUGUUGAUUAUUUUGAGGAUUGUGGGUACAAACUUAUUAACAAUGAAAGAGGCAAAAUGUGCAAUUACAACAAGAUAUACACCUGGUUUAAACAAUGGCAGAUUGCACUGGCAGUGUUAUAGUAAAAUAGAUUUAUUAAGACCCAUUUGGUAUCCAACAAAUGCUCUCAUUUGCUAUCUCAUAAAAAGUGCUAUGGCUUUAAAAGAGACUAAAAUGCAUGAGAUAAAAAUGAUAUACAGACUUGAUUUAGCUAGCUAGAGGGCUUCAGUGAUGUAGCAGAAGUGAAAACAGUACAGUAGGACUGCAUCAGUAACAAAAGCACUAUGUGAGAAUCAGCAUGAACGCACAACAUUAGUGUAUGCAUGAAGAAUGGCAGAAUUUAAGGCUGGCUUGCUCCCUGACCUAGAAUGCAUGGUUGUACGCUUGACCUGCUCCUCAUGAAUAAUCAUGCAAACAUCAUCUUUCAGCGCUAUCUCUGUGGUGACUAGCUCUGCUUUCGUGUAACGUAUGGCCAAUUAGGAUUAUUAGCCAACGUAGGAUUACAGAUGGACCCAUAGUUUCUAAGAAACUUGUUUCUUUUUGGAAACUUGUGACUUUGUCUUACCUUUUGAUCCAAACCGAAGUGAAGUGUUUCUUUUCUCAGUGUUUAUACAGUCUAUCAUCUGAAAUCUCUUUCUCAGUCAAACAAAUAAAACUGUAUUUAUU